UUCAGCAGGGAGAUAGAUCGAUCGAUAGAUAGAGAUUAAUGGUCUGAAGAAUACAUAUAAUGGAGAAUCAUAGAGUUGGUUUAUCAGAAGCUGGACCUUCUUCUCAUCAUAUCACUUAUGGGACAUCAUCUGUUCCUCCUCCAAUUCCUAAUUCAAACUUCAUUCAUCAAGAUGGAUCUGCCUUUGAUUUUGGGGAACUUGAGCAAGCCAUAGUUUUACAAGGAGUUCAUAUUGAUGAUGAUCAUCAUGUUAAUAAAUCAUCAUCAUCUUUAUUUUCAACCAGACCUGCAACUACACUGAAAAUGUUCCCCUCAUGGCCUAUAGGAUUCCAACAGAACACACCAAUAGGAGGAAUUAGUUCAAAGUCAGGGGAAGAUCAAGAAGACAGCACUGAUUCAGGAUCAGCAGUUAAUGCUUUUUCAAGUCAUCUUCAACAGCCAGAAUCUCCAAUCAGCUGUUCUUCAGAUCAUAAUAAUAGUAAUAAUCAUCAUCUUCUUCAGCUAACCCAAAACCAGCAACAAUAUCAUCAGAUGGCUAGCCCAAGAACUGGACUUUCACCUCCUGUCAAUGAUCAAGUACCACUUUCCAAACCCAACCAUGAAAAGAAGAAGGGGCCACGUUCAUCGUCAGAAACACUGCAGGAUGCAAAGACACUAAGAAGAUUAGCCCAAAACAGAGAAGCCGCCAAGAAAAGCAGGCUUAGAAAGAAGGCUUAUGUGCAUCAGCUGGAAACAAGCAGGAUCAAACUUGCCCAGUUAGAGCAGGAUCUUCAUCGAGCUAGAUCUCAGGGAUUGUUCCUAGGAGGAGGUGUUGCUGCUUGUGGAAACAUUAGUUCUGGUGCUGCAAUGUUCGACAUGGAGUAUUCAAGAUGGCUAGACGAUGAUCAUAGGCAUAUGGCCCAGCUUCGAGCAGGAAUCCAAGCACAAUUUUCAGACGAGGAUCUUCGAUUGAUAGUUGAUGGGUACAUUGCCCAUUACGACGAAAUCUUUCAUCUUAGGGAAGUUGCUGCCAAAACUGACGUAUUUCAUCUCAUAACCGGAAUGUGGACCACCCCAGCCGAACGUUGCUUCCUUUGGAUGGGUGGUUUCAGGCCCUCAGAGCUAAUCAAGAUGUUAAUGGCACAACUAGAUCCAUUAACCGAGAAUCAAGUCAUAGGCAUUUAUAGUCUUCAACAUUCGUCUCAACAAGCCGAGGAAGCUCUUUCACAGGGUUUGGAACAACUUCAACAAUCUCUAGUAAACACAAUAUCUGGUGGUGGUUCUCUAAGUGAUCAUGGCAUGCACCAUAUGACCAUUGGUGGUCCUCUCGGUGAAGAUGGCAUGCACCCUAUGGCGGUUGCUCUAGAUAAACUAUCAAAUCUCGAAGGUUUUGUUCGCCAGGCCGACAAUUUUAGACAACAAAUCAUUCAUCAAUUGCAUCGGAUACUCACAGUUCGACAGGCGGCUAGGUGUUUUCUUGCAAUCGGAGAAUACUAUGUUCGACUUCGAGCCCUGAGCUCCCUAUGGUCGUCUCGCCCACGAGAGUCAUUGAUCGUGGACGAUGGGUCUUGUCAAACAGCCUCGGAUGUGGGAGUUGGACGAUCUUCUCAGAACAAUUUCUCCAACUUUUAAAGAUAAUUGGGAAUCAAGAUUGGUUUGUUGUUUAAUAUAUAUUUAUAUAUGUUAAGACAGUCUAAUUAAUUAGGAAAGAAAGAAAAUGAAGAAAAUUAAUGGGUAAUUUCAUGGAGCUUUAGGCCUUAAUUUCCAAAGUAUGUAAAUUCUUUAGAGGCGUAAAUGUACAUCAAUUUUAUGGAGGAGAAGAGAAGGAUUAUUAUUAAUCUAGCUUAACUUUAUUAUUAUUAUUAUUAUUAUUAAUAUAUUAUCUGUAAGCGGAAUCGUCCAAUUUGAGCAUUAUUAUGUGGUUAAUUAAUAUUAUAUGAUUAUUGGGAAAGGAGGGUGCCCAAGAUCAA